AUUAAUUGAAACUUUGGGUUGGGUACUGUUUCGAUGACUAUAAGUGUAUAAUAAAAAAUGGAGGAUGGCUUCCUUCAAUACCUUCAUCUUGGCCUUCUUCAUGGCUCUCACAUUUUCGAGCAUGGAAGUGAGCCUUGCUGCUCGUCAUCUCCUUCGGUAGUUGCCACAACCACAACUGCCUCCAUUGCCUACUCUGCCUACGGGGCUGCCAUCAUUGCCAUCUAUUCCAACUCUUCCUCAGCCUACAAUUCCGACCAUCCCCACAAACCAACCAUCUCUGCCUCAGCCUUCCCUCCCCAAUCCCGGUGCUUUGCCUCUACUUCCCAGUAUCCCCUCAUCCCUGUCUACACUUCCAAAAGUUACUCUGCCACCGCUGCCCUCCGUCCCUUCUAUCCCUCUCCUCUCCCCACCGCUAGCUAAUUAAACAGUCUUGAAAUUGUUGUCUUCUGUCCCCCUUUAUGUACACAUUGUCUAGAGAUGCUAGUUUUGAUGUGCAUUACCUGUUUCCAUGGUGCGCCAUUGCUUAUAUGAUUAGCAAUAUGGAGUUGAUUAGUUUGUGGAUUCGGAUUCUCCUUUUAUAGAUGCAUUUGUUCCUUCUUUACUGCAUGCUUGUUUGUGGAAGUUGGAGUGUGUAUGGUUCGGUGUAAUAUUUGAGACAUAUGUAUGGGGUUAUAUAUGUCAUUGUUUGUAAUUGUUAUGUUCAGAAAUUCUCUAUGCAUCUUCUUGUUCUUUCUGCUUUUAUACCUAUUUAAUUAGCAUAUAACGGAAAGAAAGACAAGCACAGGAA